AUGGCAGCAAGUGUAAUCAGAACCCUGAGCGGUUUCGGACCGAGACAUCCAGCUCAGACCUGCUUCACUGCUGCUGAGGAAGAUGAGCUUGAAGAUGAAUAUGAAGAGGAACUCAGGGACGAGAUGGAGGACAGCUUUGAGGAGGAAGAGGAGGAUUCGACAUGUGUCGAGCCUCAAAUCACAGAUCCAUUAGCCUGUGAUCUGUGCACUGAGAUGACGGAUCGCCUGCUACGUUUCGCUGAGCUCAUCAGCAGUGAUGUGCAGCGUUAUUUCGGACGGAGCCAAGACUCAGACACGUGCGAUAUCUAUGCAGGGAGGUCACGUCCUGAGGUCACUGGCCGACAGCGCUACUAUUCCGACAUCAUUCGAGUGGCAUCCUUGGAGCAGGGGGACGAGCCGGAAAACCUUGGGCCACUCGCAGAGCUCUUCCAGAAGACUCAGGUGAAGAAGCAGGGAUUACCCAUGAUUCAGCGGCGUCUGCCGAGCAGCUUCUGGACCGAGCCUCAUUCCGACCACCUCUGUGUCAGUGCUCAUAUUCCAGAUGUGGUGACCUGCUCUACAGAAACCAUAAACAGUAACACGAAUAUUCCGGUUAUUAGCAUGAGCAGCUCCAGUACACCAGAUUUCAGUGAUUUACUCGCACACUGGGCAUCAGAGAGAGACAACUCUAGUGAGUUCAGCUGUGAAUACCAGCUUCCAUAA